GAUUAGUUUGGCUUAAUUUAUAGUCAUGUUGAUAAAUAUUACUCUUUAAAAUAUUACAACUCACAAAUUUUUAUAGUAUUCGAAAAAUAUUUAUUUAUGUUUAUAUAUAGUUCCUAAUUACAAUCUAAAUAUCUCUCUAGAUAUUAUAAAAAAGAUAAUGCGGAACAGUACAGCUUUAGAAGCGUUUGAAUCCAAUGCAAAUUUUCAACACUAUGCCAAGCAAAUGAUGGCAGCUGGACGUAAUUUUCCUUCAACUAAGAAAAAUAAUCAAACAGGGAAAACUGGAAAUCUCAUUACGGCUGAUGAUCCCAUGACAAGGAAUCAAUGGAUGGAUUGCUGCUUUCGUGAAUACAUCCAACGCAAAAAAAAGUUUGGAAGUGACCACGGCAAUACCAAAUUUAUUUACUUAUGUUUUUUUAUUAUUUCAACAGUUGUCGCUAUAAUUUUGGCCUAUGUUUGGCCUAUAUGGUCCUUCUUAAUUGAAUUUGAUGUGAAAUCGUACUAUGGAAUUCUGGGUCUGGAGUAUGGUGCCGAUCCUAGCGCAGUGGUGAAAGCGUAUCGUAAGCAAAUUAAACUGUGGCAUCCAGACUCUAAUCCUAACUGCGGGGCUCAUUGUCGAACGAAGACGGAAAAAAUUCAACAGGCAUAUGAGGUUCUCCUUGAACGUAAAGGACAUCGCUCCUUUUUGGACAAUCAGUACCUUAAUCGAUUACUUCAGUUGCGUUCAUUAUUUUUUUUCCGAAUGUAUUCCUUGUCUUUGAAUGCCGCGCAUGAAAUGUCAAACUUAUUAUUCCACUUAUGUGAUAUUAAAAUAGGUGAUGAUUGGAGACUUCCAUUGACAUUUAUUUGUCACUUAAUAACUUUUUUUCUAUUUAUAUCUCACGAAAUAUUUGUUAUUUCCGGCUUUGAUAUCAUACUGCUGUUUCAAAUAUUCAUUUUCAUAAUAAACGGGUUCAGGUCAUCAGCGAGGGAAAUGGCUAAGGCGAACAAAAAUUCCGUAUAUACCGAUAUUUUCCGUGAAGCUCUCUGGAUGAUUAUCUCUCCUGUUUCGGUUAAUCUUCUUUACAUUGCCUUUUAUAUGGAUUCAUUGGACCUUACGAAGGAAGUAUUACGCGUAGUUUUGGGAUUUAUUUAUGUGGUUGCGUACUUGGGUAGAUUUACACCUAAUCUCUACAGUAAUCUGAAAGAGAAGACAUGUAAAGUAUCCCUUUGCUAUCAGAACCAGGAAAGACAACCGGUAUCAGAGUUUUUGUUAUUUAUUCAGGCUGAGCUUACGUUUUUGGUAGAUGAUCUUUUUAUUUUCACUUGUCGUGUUCCAAGUAUCUAUCGCAUGGUAGUUUUUGCUUCGCAUACAUUCUAUCUUAUGCAGUAUUUCCUUUUUCCUAGAAAAUUCCCUCAUUUGGAAUCGAUAGGUCAUCAAAAGGAUGAUGAGUUUACUGAAAAAUACGUUGGGAAUCAAAAAGCAAUGCCUCAAAAUCAAACAGUAGCACAUCGAGAGCUGAGUGAAACAGAUAUAGAACUUCUUUCGAAAUUAGAUCAGGAUCCAACUUGUUGGCUUGAUAUACCAAGAUCCAAGUAUAACUCUGUGAUUUCAAUGCUGAUUUCCAAGUUGGUAGAUCGUGGCGUUAAUGCUAUUAGCAUAGAUUUCACCUGCACAUCUGAUAUGAAAAGCAUUGCAUUUUUUUUACAUGAUACCAAAAAUCAUGUUGUGAAUGGCAUAUUCUUAAUACCUGAUUCAUCUAUGGCUCGAUUAAUUGGCCUUGAGCGUAACCCAUUGCUGUCAGCACCUUGCACAGACAAAGAAAGACUUGAUAAGAAGUAUUUGAAAGAAUCUUGUCUUCGCAGCCUAGGUUCAGAAGCCAAUCUGACAGCAUCCGAAGUGUGGCGUAGGCGCACGAACAUCCCAACUGAUUCGCCGGUUCCAAGAAACACCUUCCAAAGAGUUUUUUGGGCUAUAUUAUAUUUUUUACUUUUCCUAGUAUUUAGAUUUUGUAUCCAAAUGAAUCCAACCUCCGUUGAUUUAUUGGAUAGUCUAGUCUUUGUACCUGCUUCGAUGCAACCUUUGCGAGUUUCACGAUUCUCCAAUCUCCUGGACAGCGAACAUAUUCUUAAUAGGGCAAAUAAUGGUUUAUUUACCUUCUUGGAUAGUUUUGUGUUUUGCACUAUGGAUUUUUGGGAUUCAUAUCGCCACCUCCUUUUCUACACAAAUUCAUAAUUAGUAGAAAUUCUAACUUUUUUCUAAUGUUAUGAAAAAUUCCCGCUCUAA